AUGAAGUUCCUGGCCCUGCUCUUCCUGCUGUCGGUGGGCGCGGCCAGCGCCGAGGUCUCGCCCCGGGCCGUGUGGCUGUUCCGCGAAUUGAUCAAGUGCACCCUGCCCGAAAGCCACCCACUGCUGGAAUUCAACCACUACGGCUGCUACUGCGGCUUGGGGGGCAGCGGCACUCCGGUGGACGAGCUCGACAGGUGCUGCCAAGCACAUGAUAACUGCUACUCCCAGGCAAUGAAAAUGGAAUCCUGCAAAUUCCUCCUGGACAACCCCUACACUAAGCUGUACCACUACAGCUGCUCUAAUGGGCAGAUCACAUGUAGCAGCGAGAACAAGGACUGCGCCGCGUUCAUCUGCAACUGCGACCGCACCGCUGCCAUGUGCUUCGCCAAGGCACCCUACAACCCCGAGCACAAGCACCUGGACACCGACAAAUACUGCAAAUAG